AUGAACGACCUUUUAACGGAUUCAUUUGAGACACCGCGGGAUCAAGCUUCUAGGAAUGGAGAUAUUGAAAUGGGAACACAACUUGCACAAAAUUCAGGAGAUUUAGGCUUGGACAAUUUCUUUAAGCAGGUUCAAGAGAUUGAGAAAAAUUAUGAAAAGCUCGAUAAGCUACUAAAAAAGCUUCAGGAUGCUCACGAGGAAUCCAAGGCCAUAACCAAGGCUUCUGCUAUGAAAGCAAUCAAGAAACGAAUGGAGAAGGAUGUUGACGAAGUUGGAAAAAUUGCCCGCUUAAUUAAAUCGAAAAUUGAGGAACUUGACAGAGAGAAUUUAGCCAAUAGACAAAAGCCUGGAUGUGGAAAAGGAUCGGGUGUUGACAGAUCGAGAACAGCAACUACAGUUGCCAUGAAGAAGAAGUUCAAAGACAAGAUGUCUGACUUUCAGACUUUAAGAGAAAGCAUCCAUCAAGAGUACCGUGAAGUAGUCGAGAGGCGUGUAUUCACAGUGACGGGAAAUCGAGCUGAUGAAGAGACAAUUGAUAAAUUAAUAGAGACUGGGGAUAGCGAACAGAUUUUCCAAAAAGCAAUUCAAGAGCAAGGGAGAGGCCAGAUAAUGGACACGCUUGCAGAAAUUCAAGAGCGUCAUGAUGCCGUUAGAGAUUUAGAGAAGAAGCUUCUUGACUUGCAACAGAUAUUCAUGGACAUGGCAGUAUUGGUGGAUGCUCAAGGAGACAUGCUCAACAAUAUCGAAUCACAGGUUUCGUCUGCUGUCGACCAUGUGCAUUCUGGGAAUACCGCGCUUCAGAGAGCAAAAAGUUUACAGAAAAACUCGAGGAAAUGGAUGUGCAUUGCUAUCCUCAUUCUCCUUAUUAUCGUCGCAAUAAUCGUUGUGGGUGUACUCAAGCCAUGGCAGAACAAUAAUGGUGCUUAG